AUGGCCAUAGCAUCUUUUGAGAGUCAAGAAGGAAAAGACCAAGUUAUAAAUUUUGAAUGGAUUGCAGGAGAAUAUAGAGUUAAAAUAGUGGAUACAAUUUUGAAAAUGUGUCACAGAUGUCAUGCGGAAGAUCAUCUUGUGAUCAGUUGUCCUGUGGUGAAAAAACAAAGGAAAAUUAGUGAAAGAAAAGCAAGAGAUUUUGAAAAAUAUGUAAAUCUAGCAAGAUAUAAAAGAAAUCAAGGAACAGAAAAAUCCAAGGCACAAAUAACUAAUGAUAAAAAAGAGGAGAAAGAAAUGGAGAAAACAAUAAAUUAUAUUUAUGAAAUAGUUAAAGCUCUGUUAGAAGAAAAUAAAACAACUUUAGCACAAUUAAAUGGA